GCAGUGGUAUUACGGCGCGCCACCCUCCCUGUAGCCAAACAUUUCAAUCCCAGCAAUAGACUGCUGGACGAAGUAGCAACUGAUGCCUUAACAACCGCCAACACCUUUUAACGAUAUCAGCAAGCAACGGAGAUGGCGGGCUUAGCCUCAGUGGAACUUGUAAUGGAAGAGCAGGUCUUUCAGGGUGGCCACUCCGCUCCAGGAGGGCCAGAGGAAUCCUUCGAAGAAAGAGUCCGAUUACUGCUAUCCAUGUGUUACGAUGAUGGGAUGCUUCCUGAUGAACUACAGCUAGAGGAGGUUGUUAUCGAAGGGAAUGAGGCGGUAGUAACGGUGAAUGAGAAAUUCGAUGAGAUAAAAAUCAGAUGGUUAAUGGAACGCACGGUGGUGAUUAUCUUUAGGGAUGCCGCACGCGAGCUCCCCCGUAAGAUGAAAGAAGACAUCGUACGCACGUACGAGAACGGAUGGCAGAGAGACCACAUAUUCGACCCCCCCGUGGGGAGGGGACGUGUGAAAUUUGAAGGGCCAAAUGUGAUUUCGUACGUAUCACGAGACAAAGUCGUAGCAGAUUGGAUGGUUAAUGAGGGGGAGGGCGCUGUCACGCUUCGAAAUAGGAGUGGCGGACACGUGGCACGUUGUGAGGAGGACGCCAUGUCAGCCGGCCAUGGCGUUACUUCAUCUGCGGCGAGAGUCGUCCAUCGCCCCGAAGUCGCUCGUUUCACCAAUCGACAUAACGAAAGGACUGAACUAAGGAGGGAGGGUUGGACUGCCUGUGCCCGGAGUCGGAUGAAUGAUGAUUUGCAGCAUCACCACAGCUCACAGCCGCCUGGUGUGAUGAUCAGCUCAGUACUUGCUUGUUUGACCGCCGUCAGCGCGCAGUCCUGUAGAGCCAAGGCAGCGAAGAUGGGAUGCUCAUCGACAAAGGCAAUGCAGCGUCAGUCUGUGUCAGAUGGCUUUGAACAUAAAGCACGUUCGUCAAAAUGGGUGGGGUCUCACAAAACAGAUCAGUGCUCAAAUACGGAUGCAGAGAAAGAGAACAUGGAGGUAGAUCAUAAGGUCGAACUACGGUCUACCACUCUCGGCAUUCUUAGCUAUGGGCCUUCAUCUGAUAAGAAGUGGGAGCAUAGUGACCUUCCUUGCAGAGCGAAGUCUACCGGAUGUGAAGGAGACCCACCUGAUGGUGUGACUGUCAAUUCAAAUGCUGUGGGCAGGCCUGUCACUACUGUGGCCAUGGGUGUGAGCGCAGGCAUGAGUGUGGAUUGUACGAGUAAGCUGCAGCGGCCAGAGGCCAUGGAGCAGGGAGCAACUCAUCAAAGAAGUUGCAUUAGGCAUCGCCGCGCAAUGAGCUCUGAUCAGAGGUGUAGGAAGUGCAGAGUCUCACAGGAGUUGGAUGGUGGAAAAGAUCGGCGGAGCAAUGAAGAGACGAUUGACGUAGCCGAUUUGAUGCGAGAUCUUGACGAGAUGGACGAGUUGUCAGUUCCCGAGGAAAUGUGUAGUUGUUGUGUGGGAAAUGAAGGAACAUUUCAUUCUCCUCACCAACUGGUGACAGAGAAAUGCCCCGUUGACUCACCGGUGCAUAGACAUCAGUCAACUGACAGAUUAUAUGCCAGCAGAUUUGAUGCCAGCAAGAGAGCUCUGAGCAGGCAUAUGCUGGAUGCGAGAUUGUCGCCUGAUGCACCGGGAACUGAUCCGUUGGUGACCCAAAGUGAGCGCUGGAGAUGCGGUGGGCAUUUUGUAGAGGCUGAGGAGGGUAAAGGUGGGGUGGAGGAGGAGAGGGCAGGCAACAGACCAUUGGGUUUGACAGAGAACGACAGGGUAUAUGUGCGAGCGCCCAGGCAGAGCCAGCCUGAGAGAAUGGUGUGCAAUGGUAUGUGUAGUAGGCACCUGGAAGAUUCAUGGGACAGGGGAAGAACUUUCCAAGAUAAUGAUGGUGUGGAGUCGCAGAUGGAGGUCAAUACACCGGGAGGAGGAGAGGAGCAAUUAAAUCGCUACUGCAACGAAGAGAGCGGAGAAACAGGGGGCAGUGACAAAGGCCCCAGGCCACUUCAAUUGGUCCAUCCGCUUGAGAGAAUUGAAAUUCCAGUGCGGUACGACAAUGCUCUUGACCUGCAGGAAGGAAAUGAGUGCUGUCAACAUGGAUUGCCUUGUGCGAAGUCUGGGAGAAGUCCAACAGGGGUGGGUCUGUACAGAACGCCAGAAUAUGCCCAUGAGCAAUCCCCAACGCCACCCUCCCUCUAUAGCAGAUUGCAAUCUCCAUUAAUAUUUAGUGAGGACAGGGAGCUGUACAAUGGAGUUUCCCACUCUUUAGCUGUACCAGCUCAAAAGCAGGGGAGACCUUGCAUGCCCGAGUUGGUGCAGCUUGGAACUUCUCCUAGAUUACGGCAAAGUCCUUCGGCAAAUCAAGCGGACGAGGCAAGCCUGAGGCAUUGCGUAUCAAGAGCUCGUUACAAUGGGGAACGUUCCCCUAGGGUGCUUGACGCGACACCGCCGCCGCCCCUCGCAUCACCUAAACUGUCUGUCUCCCCCCGUAUCCCUAGUCAUACAUCCCAUGUGAGGUCAGUGCAUGACGUUUCGGUCAGAGCAUCGCUGCCACCUGCCAUGUUGAUGUCUGCACCGUCACCUUUGUCCCAAAUUCGCCCGGAUCCCACAGACCCGCGCUUUGUAUCUGUUUCCUGCCCUGAUCACCCUCUGCGGCCAUCGCCUCCCUCCCAAGCUCAUUCACGAGUCACUGCAAGAGAUCUCCGUCCCUCCGCACGGUUGCAGCAGGUAGCUGCCAACAGCCGUGUGGUCUUGUGGCCAUCAGGCCCUAUGGGUUAUGAUAGGAGGGAGAACGGCAUUCCAUCUAUGUUGUUGCAUGGUGUCGACGGCGAUGCCUCGGUUUCCCCCGCCUUCUCCGUUUUUUCUGGUCGAGCUCCAUCCUUCAUGAGAAGCAGGGUAAACACUGCUGUGGCGGGCAUACCAAGGAGGUCAAGGACGAUAGUCUCCCCGAGGGUCUCUGGCGGAAUCUCACAAAGGGAGUGGCCAGUUGACCCUACGGCCAUGGCAUCAAUAUCUGAGAGUCAAUUCAAUGGUGCAGGAGCAUCAGAGGGGUUUCACACACCAGAGCAAAGGGAGGUGUGGAGGGAUAUGUGGGGGCGAUACGUUCUCUCUCCAGAGGUGAUCUCUCUGUCUGACGGAACGGGAAGCACAGGGUUUCUCACCCCACCGGAAUCUCCUGUGAAUCAGGAUCUUCUGUGUACUUUCUCUGAAGCUGUUGCGGAAAUGUCCGAGGAGGACUGGAAUCGAGGGCGAGCAAAUGGUGAUGGAAAUUUUUCUGCAUAUGGGGGUAGGGGAGGGUUUCCAGAUAGGGAUGGUCAAUCCAACUGGGACGGAGAUGUGGACGAGUUGUUAGCCGCUGGAAAUGUUAGAUCGUCGCUCGGUGAAGCAGGUGCAGAGCCAGGUUGUACAAGGUGGGCAGGAAAUGGUCAUGUACUUCAGAACUCUUUUGUGUCCGCGGGAGUUAACGCUGGCAAUUGGGAAGAUGGGAUCAUGGAGAAUGGGGUCGAGGAGAGCAUCGGUGGUGCAGAGUUCCAGUCCCCAGAUGAGAACUUUGGGGAGGACGGUAUUUGUGGAGCGCACGUAGAGAAUUCUGAGGAGCCAGCAGCGGCGGAGCGGACUAGUGCCACAGGCCACUGGAAGGCCAUGAAAACCCGUCAUGAAGCAAGGCCCUCCCCUAAUUAUGUUACCCCUCAGUGGAACCGGUUUCAUCCCAUGCACAGGAGCUCUUCUGGCAAACGCCUGAGACGACGAGGAACGCGCGUCGAGAAGCUUAUUCAGCAGUUAGAGAGGUCACGACAAGAAUCGGUGAGAGAGGCAGAAGGCGCAGAAGAGAGGAAUUCUGGACGGCAAAGUACACUGCAACGGAUAUUGUCCAGUGGAUCUUCGAAUGGAUAUGGUGGCUCACGAUGGAGCGAGGCUGAUAUGGAAACUCUGCCGUCAAAAUGGGACACGGUGCAGGAAGAAGAAACCAGUCGGGGAAUGUACGCAUCGGUGUGGGACUCAUUUGAAGUUAAGUGUCCUCCGCACGGGGAAGAGCGGAUUGUCCUGUACACGACGAAACUUCGAGCAGUAAGAAAAACAUAUGAAGACUGCAAUGCCAUUCGAAGUCUCAUGGAGGGCAUGCAAGUGUUACUGGACGAGAGAGACAUAUCGUUCUCAGGGGAGUUUCGCGAAGAACUGAGGACGCUUAUGGGUCGUCUGCUCCCGGUGCCAAGGGUGUUCAUCCGGGGUAGGUAUAUCGGAGGGAUAGAUGAGAUAAGGCAGUUGAACGAGGAAAAUCUACUUCCAAAACUUGUGGAAGGAUUUGAAGGAAAGAAGAGAGUACCUUGCCCGCAGUGUGGCGAUCUUAGGUACAUCCUCUGUUCCGAAUGCAGCGGGAGCUUGAAGCUUGUUGUCGAUGAUGAUGUGACUCGAUGCGAGAAAUGCAACGAGAACGGCAUGGUUAGAUGUGUUGCCUGUUUGUGAAAAAUUAUUUUUGACGGUUGUACUUGUAGUCCAUGAAACGCACCUCAAGGGAGUAAGAGGUGCAUUGCGCUUCAUUUCCGACUUCCGUGCUGACAUUUGUAAGUAUCAGAUCUUCAGUUCGUGAUUAGGUCAUCGAGUCACAGCGCACGUGAUGAAUCAUUCUAUUGAGGGUGAUUGCAUUACUCAUCCUCCUCCGGAAGUAGAGUAGCACAGUCUUAGGAGCCUAAUCUUCAUAGCUGCGAAGCUUGUGAGAAUUGUUGCAUCCGCUGGAGAAGCCGAGAUUGUAGAGUCUUGUAGAGAGUGAUCGUGGCUGGAACUGAGGCCAGGAGUGUAAGCUUGCCACAUUGUAAUUUGUUUUUUUGGAUAGCGUGCUGUGGAAAGAGCUCUUUUCCAUGCACAUCUCAGAACUCCGUUUAUGUUUAGCAACAAGGAUGGUUUAGUCUAUCUGACUCAGAGAUCUGAACAGUAGGAUGACAGAUGGCCACAUUGAAAGGACCGCUUCUGACUCUCUCCAACUACCCCCUCCAUGUUGUUUACCUCUCCUGGGAGGCCUGGUGUGUUUGUGUGUGUGGAGGGAAGCAGGUGCCCCACAGACUUUCCGUCUUCAAUGUAUUUGACGGAAGACUGAGGAUUUUUGUAACGUAGCUCACGACAUUGUUAGUGAGUGCAAGCUGCAGCAACCUCUUGACAUAUGAAUCCUACCCGAUGCUCAGUUGCUGUGGUUUCAAAAUUGCUAUUUCCCAACUCCGAUAACAUCUAUUGUCGGCGGUCUCAUCUUGAGGGUACCUGCUUAACUCACUUAAGGAGAGGAGGAAAUAUCUCAGCUGAAGAGAAAUGGCCUUCAUACUAGUUUUUAUUUGGAGGAGUUGAGUGAUUGAGUCAUGUAAGGUGUGACUCCAAUCUGGUACUGUAUCGGAGAUCCAUGCCAAGGUAAUGCUUUGGAGCACUACCUCUUGGGAAACGGAAUGAGCAGGGGACAAGAGCGGUGGAAGAAUGAGAGCAAGCAGUAGGUAACGAUCUCGACUGCCCCCAAAUAAGAUCAUCCGUGACUCAGUUAUUCGUUACGCAUACUUGUGGGAGCGUUGUUGUUUAUUAGAAUCUUCCUGCACCUGCUUCCCGCUGCCUUCAAGUAAUUGGUUCUCUCUGUUUGUGUGUUAGGUAGGUACAUUGUUAUACGUAACCAGUUCCAGUAUUUAGGUUUAAUGAAGACAAGUUAGAUUC